AUGCUGGUAGUAACAACAGCCGCCGACACGGUCCAGUCACCGGCUGAGUACGUGUCGGACUCGGAAUCGGAAGAUAUAGCCCUCGAUAUGUCGAUGAUCUCGACCACCAGAUUAGCAUCAACUCUUCGGAACUUAAGUCAAACCACGCAGCAGGACAUCCGACAAGUGCUUGAGCAUUCAACAGCAUUUGGUGGAUGGACCAGCAGUGAGUGGGAUAGAGUUUGUGGUGAUGUGGUGGAAGACAGCGAAGAUGAACCAGAGCGUAUGGUUAAUGCCGAGGAACAACCAGAGGAGGAACAACAAGAACAGAUUGAUGAUAAUAACAAUCUCCGGAUCUAUCUUGACUCGCGCAACUAUGAGGCUGCGUCUGUGUCAAGACGGACAUCGCUUCGUAAACGGAACUUUGCUUCCACCCAUCCGUAUCUCACCGACCAGAUUCAUUACCUUGGACUCUCUAAUAUUAACUAUAUUAAUGAGAUCUAUGAGUCUGAACAGGAUCUUGAGAAGAUCGUUAAACUCCUCAAUUACAAUUAUACCGACUUGAAGAAACGGUAUCCUCAUGACGAUAAGUAUAAGCCCAAGAACUUCUAUAGUAUUCUUGGAAAACAGUCACGGGCAGCUCAAGAGCAGGAGCAAGAGAAGGAGCAAGAGCAGUCCAAACAGCAGGAGAAUGAUAGUGAUGAUCAGGAGAAUGAUCAGGAGAACGGUCCAUACUCCAGUCAGGCACUCAGCUACAGUGAUGACGAAGAUAUGGAGGAUGAUGAACUACUAGACAUCCAUAAACGUUCACGUUCACAUAUUGAUAAUCUGAUUAUUAUGGAAGAAGACAGUGAUGAUGAUACGGUAAUCCAAGUCGGAGGUCGACUAUUGAAGGAGAAGAGUGUGCUACGAGGGGUAUUACCUGAAUCAGCCAAACGGCUAGAUAUCUACAGACGUAUACCGAGAAAGUCAUAUACCAAACCUAAGAAACUGACUCUAGUUCUGUACCGAAAGGGUCUAGCCAUUAAGAAAGGUACCGGGAAAGGACUACGAGCUGCCGAUGAACUUUCAGGCUUUCUAUAUGAUGGUCCCGAAGGAUCUGAAGGAUCGGAAGUCACUAGAAGUCGAAGUCCAACCCUCAGUCGACUGUCGAGUCCCGAACCGUCUCGACUCGAUACCCUCGGGAUCCUCUCUGAUAGUGAGAGUUCCGACUCUGAAGACGAUGCUCAACCUGUAAAUAGUGAUUCCAAUGAGCUGUCUAAUGGUCUGGACUUGUUUGAUUACCCCCAGAACGACGAUGGCUAUGAGUCAGUUGUGGAAAUGGACUACAUCAAUCCCAUGUUCACUGCCACCACCAAGAAGAGAAGAACUGGUCCCAAGAGUCACACUAAGACUGCCACUAAGACCCAGACUGUGAAGACUCACAGUCAUACUCACACUCGCACUCCAAACACAUCCAUUAAACCCAAAUCAACCACAACCACGACAAGAAAAGCAACUAAACCACACUCCAAGAAGCAGCGACUUAUCUCCGACACCACAUUCGGACGACUUGUCAGUCGUCGGAUCAACUCCAGGUCGGUGACUACUUCAACUAAAUCUCACAGAAAGAAGAAGAGACCCAGAGAUACCCCACUAGACUUGCUUCUACUCGGCUCCAGAAACAAUAAGGAUUUGCUUAGUGAUUAUCAGUUCUCCCGUAAUCCUCUUCAGUCUACAGUGGUUAUAGAAGAAGACAGUAAUAAGAAAUUCAUAAAGCACAAUCAUAAGUAUGCGCCCAGUAGCUCCACUGGUCAAACUACUAGUCUUAGAAAUACUUAUCCAUCAACCAUAAGUCUACGAAACAGAGUCGAAUUCCCCCACGACUUUAUACUAGCCCAUAUCAAUCUAGUCAAGUUAAAAGAUUUGAGUUUGGGCCGUAGUUACGUGCUUGGAAGAGACUCUGUGUGCGUAAGUGUCCAGGACAAAACAUAUACAUUUACCCUAAUUAAUAGUUCAGAAGCUAGUCAAAUGAUGAUAGAACUAAUGGGACAGAUUGAGGGGAUGGUACGGAAUCUUACUGCACUUUCAGAGUCUGAGAUUCACCAGUUAUAUGAUGCUGUAAGGGGUAUAUUAGUAUGGUGGAUUAUAUGGCAAGCUCCAGCCACUGAUGCCCAUCGGGACCUGAUUAAAUCCAUCCUACAAGCCCUUUAUCAGGCUCGGGAUACGUCCAGUAUCAGACUAUCAAAGUGGCUAUAUCCCUACUUCAUGCUAGUCCACUAUGAAUGGGAGGUAAUGGCCACUAUGAAUUCUCCAUCCAUGGCUCCUCCUCCUCGUCCUCCUACAUUAAACUCCAACUAUGUGGUCAAGUACUGGGACCUCUUCAUUCGAGACUUCGAGCCCGACCAGUUUAAUGAGAUAUUGAUCAACAGUUCCAGCAAAGACUAUGAACUGUUCCAUAUCAUGCAUGUUCUCUUGGGGUUCCAGCACCAAUUCUGGACUCUGAUCAAUAGUGCAUUGGACUAUGUCAGUACUCAUGUUGAUGUGUCCAUUAGUCUUGAAGCCGUCUAUGCCUUGGCCUGUUACGAUCAUAGUCUGACCGAUUGGUCACCCUUCUAUACGGUGUAUACCACCAUAAGUCAACAGGAAGAAUCGGAAAUUCAUAAUCGGUUCUUGGAUGUAGUCUACCUCAUGAACCAUAAGUAUAAUUGGUCUAUACUGGAGAAGAUGAUCCUACUUGUCUAUAGUAACAUUACAGCCAGAAGGUUUGCUAACUUCCAUGAAGAAUGGACCGUUCCCGAACUUAUGGAACCAAUCAGAACUCGCAAUGAUAUUCCUAUCGAUACCUUCUUUGAAAGAUUUAUGCUAUUCCUUUAUUCGUAUGUUGGAGAAUUACCUCCCCAGUCUAAUACUAAGAGAUUGAUAACUAAAUUGUUCACCUCCAGUAACUAUACGUAUGGAGAGGAUAAACAGCACUUUGUAAUGUUUAUGAAUCGAAUGAACUUCACAUUACUCUUAGUACAAAUCUCGGAAGUAGACCUUAAGAAUCAACUCUUUGAUUUGAUAGGCAGUGUGGUAGACUCUAAGGAUUAUGGGAUUCUUAAGAUCUCGAUUACGGCAUUGACUCAGUAUACUCAGGUAGUACUAAGUCGAGGGUCCUUAAGUUUACCAGUAGACUGUAUGGCAUUACUCAUUAAUUCAGUUGGUCACUCGUACUAUGGACUUGCAGGAGCUGUUAAGUUGUGGACUUCCCUCUAUAAAUGUCUUACUAUGGUGAUAUCCACAACUGCAACCACAGCUCCUAUCAGGUAUAUCUUUCAGUUCUUAGACAUAGUGGCCAAGGUCAAUAAACGUACCCCUUCCAAGCUCCUUGUCGAGCUCUGGCGUCUUGUCUAUGGAGCUCUUAAUCUGCUAGUACUUCAACCAAGAUCGGGUCCUAUGAUGAAAAGACUCGAUAGUAUUCUCACCAGCAUUACCGACCUUAAUCUCAGCCUAAUCAAUGAUCAAAUGAGUAAAGUUCCCCUACCAACCAUUGCUGAAGAACUUAAGGUUGAACAACAUGUGGAGCUAUGUAUACAGAUCUGGACAACCAGUACAUUCUUAUCAUCCCAACCCAAUUGGAUAAAGCUUGUGCUUCAGAUCUAUCCGUAUUUGGGUAAUCAACAACUGCGAGAUAAGUUCUUACUUUACUUCUAUAGUCAAAUCCUUAAGUACUCUCCUAUUAAGGCAUGUAAAGAAAGUAUUAUAACAGCAGUCCUUAAGAAUUUAGCAUCAUUCUCAUCAUCCAAAUAUGUCUCGAUGGUUAUAAAUCAACUUUGUACAGAAAAGAAUGAAGUCUUUCAAUUCCCCAAAUCAUUUGUAUCGGAUGGAUUUGGACACUUCCAUAUUCUGAAUCAUCGUACUAAUGUGGUAACUAUGGUAUUCAGUAAUAUUGCCAAGAGUCAAAGAAUACCUCCAGUGACAAAGUCCCUAUAUGUAGAAGAAUUCUUAAAAGUUAUGAAUAAUGAGUAUAACAAAUACUAUUCUUCUGGUUGGCGGAAUUGGAUAUGUUUAAUUGGAGAUCCAAACCCAUCAAGCAACAGCUUAUGGUAUUCAAUUCUGAUUUGGUUCAUGCCAUUCAUUUCCAACAGGACUAUGACCAUUUACUCUUGA